AGAGUUCUCUCUCUCUCUCUCGGCGCAGCGGAGGCGGUGUCCCUAAAAGUGCCUGUAGAAAAAUUCGUUUUUUUUUUUUAAUUUUUCGUUCUCGCUUCCGUGUCACAGUCUUGACUUUUUCGUAACCAUGAGGACGUACUUCGUGAUAGCCGCUAUACUGAUCGCCGGAACGACCGGCCAAGAGAGCUUCAAGUGCCCGGACGACUUCGGGUUCUACCCUCAUCACAGUUCAUGCGACAAGUACUGGAAGUGCGACAACAACGUAGCAGAACUAAAGACAUGCGGCAACGGCCUGGCGUUCGACGCCAGUGACAACAAGUUCCUCACUGAGAACUGUGACUACCUGCACAACGUGGACUGCGGAGAACGAACGCAGCUGGAGCCGCCCAUCAGCACGCCGCACUGUGCUCGCCUGUACGGCAUCUUCCCCGACGAGAAGAAAUGCGACGUAUUCUGGAACUGCUGGAAUGGCGAAGCGUCCCGCUACCAAUGCAGCCCCGGACUAGCCUACGACCGCGAGGCUAGGGUCUGCAUGUGGGCCGAUCAGGUGCCCGAAUGCAGAAACGAAGAGGUCGCCGGAGGUUUCACGUGUCCGGCUGCGGGUGAGGUGAGUGGUGCAUCCGGCAGCUUCAGCAGACACGCCCAUCCGGAGGACUGCAGAAAAUACUACAUAUGUCUCGAGGGCAUCGCCAGGGAAUACGGCUGCCCGAUCGGCACCGUCUUCAAGAUCGGCGAUGCCGACGGUAGCGGUGCCUGCGAGGACCCCGAGGACGUACCCGGAUGUGAGGAUUACUAUGGUGACUUGGACCUGAAGAGCAUCCGGAAGAGCGAGCUACUUGCCGGCGUCCAGAGCGAGCCAAGGAAGCCAUCGCCAAACCAGCCUCUCAAACCCAGACCCUCAACAAUACCCGCGAGACCCUCCGCAGCCCUCCAGGAAUAAAUCUUGAUACCUCGUCCUCUCUCACCUCAUCCGUCCUUUCUUUCUUCUUCUCUCUGCCUCAUUUACUUUCUCUCUCUUUGUUACUAUUAUUUAACUUUAUUAUCAAACAAAACGAAUAAAAAUAUCUAGAUCUAUAGAAAUAAACACAAGUUAUCGGUGAGAAGUCUAGAUUGUUUAAAAUAUUCUUCAGAAAAUCUAGAUGGAUCCGGUUAAUGAUAAAAAGAUUUUACAAAUUUAUUCUAGUUCUGUUUCAUACGCCUCUCUUAAUUUAUUUUA